AUGAAAUUCACUACUACUGCUGCUGCUGCUACCACUUUAUUUGGUUUGUCUUUAGCUCAAGUCAAAUACGAAUACGUACACGUCACUAACUACGUCACUGUUGGUACUGACGGAGAAUCAACUCCAACUCAAACCACUGAAGAACCUUCAGUGUCAACUUGGGUCUUUUCAACCAAUGUUUUAGGACAAGAUAUUGCUUUCACCAGUGUUGUAUCCAAUGUUGAUGAAGCUCAUGCUACUUUAUACCGUCAAAACUUGGUUAUCCAAGGUGGAGACUCAUUAACCACUGAAAAGUUGGCUGUCAUUGCUAACCCAACUACUUUGAUCACCUCCACCUUAUCAGAUGAAGCUUCUGCUGAAUCAGAGGAUGCUAUUGUAUCUUUUACCCCUACAUCUGAAACUUCACAACCAUCUCAACAAUCAGUUGAAGCUACAUCAACCUCAGCUCCAUCUUCAUCAGCCACUGCUCAACAAACAACUGAACAAUCAUCUGCCCCAGCUACUUCAUCAUCAUCUUCAGCAUCAUCAUCAACUUCAUCCAGCUCAAGUGGUGAUUUUGGUAACGUUCAAGAUGAAGCAUUUUCCAAGGAUAUUCUUGAUGCACACAACUCCAAGCGUGCUGCACAUGGUGUUUCUGCAUUAUCAUGGGACCAAUCUGCUUACGAAUACGCUCAAAACUACGCCGACCAGUACUCAUGUUCAGGAAACUUGAAACAUUCUGGUGGUAAGUACGGAGAAAACUUGGGUGUUGGUUACAAGAGUGGUUCAGCUGUUGUUGAAGCUUGGUACAAGGAGGGAGAUAGCUACGAUUACAGCACGGCUUCCACUUUUGACCAUUUCACUCAAGUAGUAUGGAAAGGUACUACCAAGGUUGGAUGCGCUUACAAGGACUGUAGCGCUGAAAACUGGGGUAAGUACAUCAUUUGUUCAUAUGACCCUGCUGGAAAUAUUGUGGGACAGGGUAAAGCAAAUGUUUUACAAUAA